AAGAGCUUGCGAGAGAGAGGCGAAAGAUGUAUAGAAAAUCUGGCGGCGGGCUGGGCGUCGCGGGGCGGUGAAUGACGUCACGUUGCUAAAGCGACGCAGCAACGCGAGGCGUCUGCGUGGGUCGGUGGGUGUCUGGGGGUCCGGGAUCAAUAGCGCCAGCAACCAGGUAGUAGGUAUGGGUGCAUGUAGCUUUCUCCACGGUGGCAGUCCAGGAGACGAACCUCGCGAGGUAGGACACUUUACGAGUCGAGCGAGAGAGAGAUAGAGAGCGCGAGAAAGCGAGGGAGAAAGAGAGAGAAGAGAGACAGUUGGAUAGAGAGAGAGGAAGAGAGUUCGGCGGCCUGUCAGAGUGUCGUGCCGGAGAAGAGCGGCGCUAUGCCAGUGAUCGAGCGUAGCAGCGGGGUGUCCAGCGUUUAGAACUGUCAGCCUCUCCAGGCCGGCGCAAUGUGGCCUGGAGUACUACCAUUACUGGUGUUACUAGCGGUCCUGCUGCAUCCAUCGAGAUGUACGCAGCCAAAAGUGAACUUUCGCGAGAAAGAGAAGCAAGUGCUCGACAACAUCCUAGGACCAGGCCGAUACGAUGCGCGCAUCCGGCCGAGCGGAGAGAACGGAACAGAUGGGCCGGCCAUUGUCCGGGUAAACCUGUUUGUGCGAAGCAUUGCGACAAUUAGUGACAUCAAGAUGGAAUACUCCGUACAAUUAACAUUUCGGGAACAAUGGUUGGAUGAGAGAUUACGGUUUAACGACUUCGGAGGUAAACUUAAAUAUUUAACCCUGACGGAGGCGAAUCGCGUCUGGAUGCCGGAUCUGUUCUUCUCGAACGAGAAGGAGGGUCACUUCCACAACAUCAUUAUGCCGAAUGUAUACAUACGAAUUUUCCCGGAAGGCUCGGUUCUUUAUAGCAUACGGAUAUCCUUGACGCUCUCGUGUCCCAUGAAUUUGAAACUGUAUCCCCUGGAUCGACAAAUUUGCUCACUUCGUAUGGCGAGUUAUGGAUGGACGACGAACGAUUUGGUCUUUCUCUGGAAGGAAGGUGACCCCGUUCAAGUGGUCAAGAACCUACAUCUACCCAGGUUCACCCUCGAGAAAUUUCUCACGGACUACUGCAAUAGCAAGACGAACACCGGAGAGUACAGCUGUUUGAAAGUGGACCUGCUGUUCAAGAGGGAAUUCAGUUACUAUCUCAUUCAAAUCUACAUCCCGUGCUGCAUGCUCGUUAUCGUGUCUUGGGUGUCCUUCUGGCUGGAUCAGAGCGCCGUGCCUGCCCGGGUGUCACUAGGCGUUACGACACUGCUGACGAUGGCCACGCAGACAUCGGGGAUAAACGCCUCACUGCCACCGGUCUCCUACACAAAGGCUAUCGACGUCUGGACGGGGGUGUGCCUGACCUUCGUGUUCGGCGCACUGCUCGAAUUUGCGCUGGUCAACUACGCGUCGCGUAGCGACAUGCACAGCGACAACAUAAAGAAGCAGUUCCCGCCGAGCGAUCAGAUGGAACACUCGUCGUCGAUCGACCCAUCGUCGGAAUUGCUCGAGCCGGAUGGAUCUGUCAACUUCGCUAUGAAGCCUUUGGUCCGACACCCGGAGGAUUCCAUGUCUAUGGAUAAGCUGCAGCAGUGCGAAAUACAUAUGCAACCACGGAAAAAAAACUGCUGCAGGUCGUGGCUGUCCAAGUUCCCGACGAGGUCCAAGCGCAUCGACGUCAUUUCACGGAUCUUCUUCCCAAUCGUAUUCGCUUUCUUCAACCUCACGUACUGGUCCACGUACCUGUUUCGGGAGGAAGAGGGAGACGAGUAAGUCUCGAGGAGGAGGCGCUCGGAUCAACAAGGGAAGUGGCUCGCGGCCAUCCUCAGCAAAAGCAGUUCCAGCAGGCACGAC